CUCCUCGAUCAAACUUCGAUUCAAGAAUUCCAAUUCAAGAAAUGUCAACUUCAGCCGUAAACUUGAGGGAACCAUUAAUCACCUCAGCUGUUUCGUUUCUUCAAGAUCCAAAUGUAGCUUCAUCAUCACUUGCCAAACGAUUAGCAUUUUUAGAAUCAAAAGGUUUAACCGAAUUCGAAAGAGAUGAAGCUAUUCGUAGAGUAUCGAGUUUGAACCAUUCAUCAACUUUUAAUCGCUCAAGAGGUAAUCAAGGUUAUGAUUUUGAUCAUCGGCUUCAACAACAAGUUGGUCGGGAUUGGAGGGAUUGGUUUAUUAUGUCAGUGAUUGGAGGUGGGAUUGGAUAUAUAGCUAUCAGCUUAUUCAAGAAAUUCAUCAUACCAGCUCUUGAACCUCCAACUCAAACAGAACUGGAUGAAGCUAAAUCACGCUUAGAAGCAAAAUUUGAUGAGAUCUCAAAAACAUUGAAUUCAAUUGAAUCGGAUACAAAUCUAAUCAAGGAAGAAUUUAAAGAACAAGAUCAAAGAUUAAAUCAAUCGAUUGAGACAGUAGAAAUGACUGUUAAAGAUUGUAUACAAAGUGAAAAGAAGAGAGAUGAAGAGAUUCAAGCUAUCGAAGAAGAAGUUAAGCAAUUGAAAAAAACGAUCACUCUUAUGUUGGAAAACAAUAAAGAGUCCCAAACUUCAAUGAUAUUAGAACUUCAAACUGAAUUGAGAUCACUUAAAUCUUUACUCGGAUCUCGUGCUCCACAGGCCAGCACAACGCCUACAACUACACCCAAUCGAUUUGGCCCAUUUAGACCUCCAGGUAUUCCAGCAUGGCAAUUAUCAACUACAACUUCCAGUUUAGAUUCAACAGUUUUACCCCCCAAUAUUUCAAAUCAAACUAAUCAUCAGCAUUCCUCGCCAAAUGUGCCGAAUUUGGAAAAUGAAGAUGGAUCGAAGUCUUUGGAUCUUAAAACAAAUGGGAAUGGUGUCUUGAAAUCUAGUGUACCUUUUGAUGAAGAUGAUGAUCAACCACUUGAUCAAUCACAAAAGCCCAAUCUCAAUAAUUCAAAUCAAGAUAACGUUCAGGUGGAGAAGAGUGAUGAUUUGAUGUCUUGAUGAUCUCCAGAAUCAAAAGUCGCAAUUGUUUUUUUUUGUUAAAGUAGUCCAAUAGUUAUUGUUUCGUGUUAUCCGAUAUACAUCAUAAAACAAGGCAAAUCAGGUUGAUUGUACCAAUAUCAAAUUAUUAAACAAGAUAAGUAUUUUUUCUAAGCUUUUUGAAAUGAAAGAUAUCAGAUGAAUUGGCACAG